AUGCCUUCCGCUAGGGACCUCAAGCGAGCUCUGGACCGUGUCAGGUCAGCCAUCCCAGCGCAACGGAAAUUGGAGGGCGACAGGCGCAAUAUUCGUCUCGGUUUGGAGCGUAUCACUCGAGCAAUUCAAAAGGAGCAAACCUGGAUCGGAAUCCACGUGGGAGGCACCAACGGCAAAGGCUCAAUAUGCACCCUCCUAUCCUACAUGUUUAAGCAAUGCGGUGUUAGCCAUGGCGUUUUCACAUCUCCAUCACUCUUUGGCGCCCGGCAGUCAAUCACAAUCAAUGGCAUGUAUGUCAAUCAAAGGCUCUACGAGUCCGAGAUAGAAAACGUGCAAAGUCGGUUUCACAGGGCCGCCUCUGGCUGGACGUUCCAGACUGGUGAGGAUCCCGGCGAGCUGACACCCUUCGAGCUUGACACAGCGGUUGCUUUUCGUGUCUUCAAUGCUCUACGCGUAAAAUACGGCAUUGUCGAAGUUGGCAUGGGUGGCGCUUCAGAUGCCACCAAUGCCAUGCACGAAAAGGGCGUUACCGUGAUAUCCAAAAUUGGCCUCGACCACCAAGAGUAUCUUGGAGAGACGAUUGAAGAGAUUGCCAGUGUCAAAGCCGGCAUUAUGCGCCCGUUUGUUCCUUGCAUUAUCGAUCAUACCAACUCAGUCGAGGUACUUCGCGUUCUUACAGAACACGCCCGCAGUAUCGGCACUCCUUACUAUUUGACCGACGACGCUACCGAUCUGCUGAGUCCAAUCGACACCGAAAAGUAUCAUCUGGAGGACUAUGAGAAGCAAAACUUGCUCUGCGCCUUAUUAGCAUUCAAGAAGCUAUUCCCCAAGAUGGAAAUUGACCUCAACCAGCUGCUAGAGAAACGUCCAUACCCACCCGGGAGGAAGGAUCUGAUCUCGGUGCGCGACCUCACAAACGGGCUUCGAGAGCAGUCCAUCUUGGUUGACGGCGCUCACAACGUGCUCGGAGCACAGGCUCUUUCUACCUACGUCAACAACCAGAUACGCCAGGCAGAUGAGCCAGUAACUUGGAUCAUGGGUCUCUCCGCGAGCAAGACGAAACCGUUCGCCUCACUCAUUGAGACUCUUAUAAAGCCGCAGGACCGAUUCGCCUUUGUCGAGUACCAGCCACUCCCAAACGAGCCAUCUGCGGUCCCUGCCCAGCUCGGACGCGAGAUUGCCGAAUCUCUCCUCACCAGCAGCGAGCAAAUUUACGACGGUGACCCUAGUGUCGACGCUGCCAUGCAGUGGGCAUGCGAGAAAGCCGGUAAUGCAGGGCCCAUUAUUGUCACGGGAAGCCUGUAUCUCAUUCGAGAAUUGUACAACACCGAGGGCGUCUACACGCGGCGCAAGUUCAAGACGAUGCGGCCUGGUCGGUCGCAGCUGUGGUACUACACGCGGCUCGCGCAGACCCGCGAGCUGACAGAGGAAGAAGCGCGCGAAUUCAAGCAGGCCCGGCGCCACUGGCGCCUCAACCCCAUCCGCAGCUCCGCCCUCGUCCCUAACGACCAGGAGCCGCCGCGCACCUCCCCGGUCGUGUCUCCGGAGUCCCAGGAGUUGCAGCGUCGCGCGGCCUACCACCAGCAGCAGGCCAACCGCUACGCGAAAGCCGUCGAGAGUAUCCGUCUUGACAAGGUCAACGGCGUACCAACGCGGACACCUAACCGGGCUGCAGAAAAGGACUCCGAUGCGGCGGAACCCAUCACCGUCGAGCCCGUGGACAUGGAACUGACGGUCGACGAGCUUUUCAAGCGCCGAGAAGAGCACAUUGCCGCGUACAAGGACACCAUGUAUAAGCUGCGUGGCUACAGAAAACCCAUUCCCGAGAUGAAGUUUAUGAGCUACGCAAAGAUUUUUGGGCGUCCGCCGGGUCCUUUUCACGCCAAGCCGAAGCAGACCUUGCUGGAGGAGGCGGGGCCAGACGAGGGAGCAGAGCCGCGGUCGGAUACUUGGCUCUCAAAAGAAUCAAGUCGUAGUAAUGGCAGAUCAAAGCAAUGA